CCGGAAGUCUUACUAUUUAUGCGGUUGCAGAGAACGAGGGAAGCCACCAUCGCUUUCCAUCCUCAAGUUCUCCCAUAAUAUUAACACAUUUAGGCUUAUACUAAUUAGACUGGUAUCGGUGUGUCAAAAUGAUCAUCCCAGUGCGGUGCUUCACCUGCGGAAAGAUCGUAGGUAACAAGUGGGAGGCAUACCUCGGCCUGCUUCAGGCUGAGUACACUGAGGGAGAUGCUCUUGAUGCUCUGGGCCUGAAGAGAUACUGUUGUCGAAGGAUGCUGCUAUCUCACGUGGAUCUUAUUGAGAAAUUGUUGAAUUAUGCCCCCCUGGAAAAGUGAUGUUACCUGACCAACUUCAAGAACUGCAUGGACUUUGUGAGGCUGUUGCACUGACAGACUCUGUAUCGUUUUGGAUUGACAUCGCAGGAGUGAAAUGACGACCACAGUGAAGACUUUUGGAACAUUAGUUUGUGAACCUAUUUGAUAAUGCAUUUUUUCUAAAUAAAGCUGUUAAAUGACA